GGAGGGGUGGUACAGACGCUUCGCCAACUCACAUUCCAAAUCAGCUCAAAGAAGUCACUUACUCGAGUUUUUUUCCAAUCCUUUCCUCGGUUAGCUUGGUAUUAUCGGUAAAUAUAGGUUCAAUAAUGAGUGAAGAAGGGACUGUAGAUCAAAAUUCUGAAAAUCAGCAAGAGGAAACAGUUGAAAGGACCGAGAAAGAUGAGCCACCAUCUGCAACGAGUGGAAGCGAUGGCAUCGAUACUGACUCCCCUGUGAAAAACUCUAAUGAAAAUGGUGAMCGAGAUGUCGCUGAACCACCGAAAAAGAGAGCAAAGAAGUCGAAACAAUCUAAAGCAGCUGAAAAACUGCCAGAAAUUGUUCCGGGUGACAAAUAYCCCUAUGCUAGACGUAGAGGUAUACGAAUCUUUUCCGACCGCGAAAUCGAAGUCCAGGAUGCCGAGAUGACCAGACAAUAUUGGCGAUUUUGGAAUCAGACAGCUGAAGAGCUAUGCAGUGAUCGAGCCUACAACGAUUGGGGGAAAAGAGAUUUAAAGCUGUACAUAGACGCAGCUUGGAUCAUGCAUAAGACWUACUUACAAGAAGUAACUGAGCGUCAGCUAGCUGAGGGAAUGAAUGAUUUGCUKGAGAAACAUGGUUACCCAGAGAUCUCCAGAAAAAUCAAGAACCUAGAUCAAGCAAUAACUAGCUCGCUCUCUCAGCUCCAGGAUGCUACUGCAAAUCUACAUGAACUCAACAUGGAAUUAACCAAAAUAAGAGGAAAACACAUGAAUAUAAAGCAGCGACCAGUUGACAGCUGUUACAGUAAAAGUGCAAAAGAUGAAGACGUACUACAGAGCACAAAGCAAGUCUCAGAUUUGGAAAAAAAUCUUUACGAGGGGAUGUCGGGUGUGAAGCGACAGCAGGACUCUUUGAAAAAGGCUUUAAAUAGACUUCAUAACAUGAUUGUUAAAGCCAAACUAGAUCGUCCAAUACAAGAAAACACAGCCCCAGCCUCGAUGUGAAUWUGRUGAAUCCAAAAACCAAACAUCCUGUAMUAGAAAACAUUUUGAUUUUAUAUUUUUUAUUUGAGAAAUCGCUAUGCAGACAUGAACUUCCUAGAGACAGGUUUACCAACCAAAGAAUAAGAAUAUUGUAUUACCAGACUGAGUAAUGAGUAAUUAUUGUCGAGCAUUAAAAUGUCUUAGAUGUCAAAAGUAAUUUUUCUGUGAAAAAAGAUACUGAGAUAAGUUUAAGUGUCUAUGUGAGGUAUAAUAUUUUACUUCAUUUUUAGAAAAUGUCAAUAUUUUAGGCUAUUAUUAAACAUAAAGGGAAUAACUCCCAUGAUGACUAGGAGUCUCCUAAAUCUUGUGCUGUAAAGUCGUUACUUGACAAUUAAAAUCGAGCAAAUUGAAUGUGUCGCAUCUCUGGCAACAUUUUGCUCAAAUUUAACUUUU